AUGUCUACUCGUUAUAUACUACUGACAGAUGAUGCAUACGGUCAAGAUUUGUAUAUGUUAAAUAGAUGUUUAGAUGAUAUUGAAUGGUUUGAAAAGAAUUUUAGAAAAAGUUUUAGAUCUUCACCAGACGAACUUGACAAUAAACAUACUAUAAAUGUAAAACAAAAUAAUGAUGAACCGCCAGAUUCUACUGUAGCAGUCGAUUCUUUACAAAAAGUUAAAUAUGCAUUAAAUAUUAUUGAAAAAAUUCGUAAAUCAGUACCAUAUAUAUCAAAAGAAAUUUUUGUUUAUUUAAUAAGAAUUGUUCGUAAAGUUCAUACAGUUGCAAAAUCAAAACAAAUUACUAAUUACAAUCCUAAUAUUGUAGUUGAUGUAAUUGAACCAUUAUUGAAUGAAAAUACUAUUACGUCAAUAUUUAAAUUAUUAUCAGUUAAAACUAAAGAAUUAUGGUUAGAUCUUGGACCUGCAUGGAAUACACCAAGCUCAAAGUGGCCCAAUCCAUUGAACAUUUAUAUGCCAAUAUUUUAUCAUCCAUUGAAAAAAAGAUCUAGACAUAGAUCAAAUGAAGCGAUUAGUCGAAAUCCAGUAUUUAAUUCACGAAUAGUUCUGAAAGGAGCAUCAGAAAUCAAUGAUGAACAUGAACCACAUUUUCAUGGUGGUUUGCGUUAUUUCCGCAUUGAUGAUAAAGAAUAUUUGGCCUAUCAACGAUUUCGAAAAAGAACUAAACAACAUAAUGAAUCUCUAGGUAAAUAUAUUACACGUGAUCCACAAUCAGUUCAUAGUUAUACUAAGAAUAAUAAUAACAAUAAUAUAAAUGGGAAUCAAGAUUAUGUGAUCAAGUUAACUGAUAGUCAUAAAAAAAAUUGGACUCUGAACGAUUAA